AUGGCUGCCGCGGCGAGGGCCGUGCUGGGACUGAGCUUGUGCUUGUGCUUGUGCCUGUGCCUCUGCCUAUGUCAGGUCCAGAAAGCGCCUUUGAUGAUGAACAGAGCCAUUCAGAAUCUACUGCAGAUUUACAAGAUUCCGCCCAAAGAACGUUUUAACGGCCAGCCCGUCUUCUCCAGGGAACUUUUGGCCACCAAGAUGGAGGCCAAAGACGUGCUGAUGUCGGCGGUUCUGCGGACGUACGAAGAACUGCUGGCGCACAUGAUCCGUAUGUCGCCCGCCCCGACCGCCGGCGGAAGCGUCGCCGAGGGCGAAGCGGAUCCGAGCGCCGACCUGAGCUACCUACUGAAGCGUGUGCAGGAUCUGAGGAAGUACCGGUACCAGGAGCCAGACCGACUUCUAGAAGGCCUUCGCAAGAUCCAACAAGUUCAGUUGGACAACCUGGUGGUCCAGAGCAAAGCAUUGUGGGAGCUCCCUUCGCUCUACAGUGACGCCAGCUCACUGGCCGAUAGCGCCCGCGCGGGAAGGCUUCGGCGAAGACGGGCGAACGUGAAAGCUCGCCGGGCUAGGACUUGA